UUGGAAAUGCGCGCUGCGCUGCGGCGCGCAGGGAGCCACGGAUCAUCUUCCGCAGGGGGGCGUCGCUGGAUCGCUCCUCAGGGGGAGGUGGGCGUCUUGUUGGAUCCAUCCUCUCAGAGGCGAUCCCGGGGGCGGAGUGGGGCGCAAGUGUGUGUGGAGAGGCAGUUAAGAGGCGCCUCAUCCAUUCGCUAUAGUCGCUGUGCGCCCUCGCAUUACUGGGGAUUCUUCUAAUCCCAUCAAAAGGCAGGUCCCCGCCCUGUUGCGUGCGUAAAAACCGUGCUGUUUGCUCCGUGCCAGUCCCACUUAAACCGGUCUGGCUUUCACAGACGCCGGACUUGCGACUGGUCUUCCUCGGCCCCCGCUUCCAACCCAGCACAAAGCUCCUCCCCGAUUACCAUAAUCUCUAGGAUCUUUUGGAGCGCCGUUACCACGGAUUCUGCAAAGCCAGCCCUUCAACGCGCUCUGCUCAACUUGCUCAAACUUUGCUUAAAAUAAUAAUCAUCCCCCCCACAUCGCAGCCGGUGUGUUUUGUUGGAAACAGGCCAAUCCGAUUUGAGCCCAAAUGGAUUUACACUGCCGGUCUCGCUGCAGCUCCCGCCGCCUGCUUUGGGUCUUGCUGGCUUGUUGCAUCGGACCCUUAACCGCAAACAGAAGAAACAUUCCAAGGAGGCAAGAUAGGCUGGGGCCACCUCUGGAUAUAACCCUGGAUUCACUGAACUGCACAGCGUUUAGUAUACAGUGGAGGAUGCCUCGGCAGCAUGCAAGUUCCAUCACCGGUUAUACUGUCUAUUACACCGAGUUCAAGGCAGAUAAACCAAUUAAACAGAAGUCCCAUGAUGUGCCUCUUAGCCUGGACAUGCUCAGUAUGGGUCAAAUGGAUGGGCAAGCCAUUUUUGAAGUUGUCAUUGGAGAUUUGAAGCCAGGCACUUUCCACCGUGUAAGUGUAGGAGCUUACGGCUGGGCAGGAAAAGGCAGACCCAGCAUGCCCAGAAAUGUAACGACUUUAUCGCAAGAUAAAUGCAUGGCUCCAGAUCCACCAUACCAGCCUCAAGUGCUGGUCGUUUCUGACUCAGAAGUUGCUCUGUCGUGGAAACCAGGACCCAGCGAAGGAAGUUCCCCAAUUCAGUACUACACCGUGGAAUUCAUAAGACCUGAUCUCGACGCCAAUUGGACAGUAAUUAGAGAGCAGAUCCAAAUGGACUCCAUGGUUCUGAAGGGCCUCACUCCAAACAACAAGUACCAGUUUGCAGUCCGAGCGGCCAAUUCAUAUGGAUCCAGCCUGCCUAGUACUCCCAGUGACACUAUCAGAAUGUUCAGCCCGGAAGAGUUAGGGAGUGGAAGCUAUGGUCAUCGUUACAUUACAGAAUCUGGACUUGGAGACGACGAAGGAGCUGACAUCGAUGAUUCAGACUACGAUAUUUACAUUGACGAGCUCAAACCACUUCCUGCUAUCAAAGGUGGCAACAGGAAGUUUUUGGUUGAAACCAAGCUCACGCAGGAGACUAAUGCAAGGCUUCUUUCUAGACUGCUUUCAUCGGCUUCCUCUCCUAUUAGUUCCCCUACAACAACAACUCUGCCGCCACGUACCACCACAGCAACCAGCAUUACUGCCAAGGCCACCAGGUGGAACAAUGGAGCUUCGGUGGUGCGGCAAUCUGACCUGUCCUGCGAUGAAACCAUCUGCUCUACUGACAGCUUCUGUGUCAAUGAUUACGAGCGGAGUGGUUCUCGUUGCCACUGCAACCUUGGCAAAGGAGGAGAGGGUUGCUCAGAAGAUGUUAGUAUUCAGUAUCCUCAGUUCUUUGGCUACUCAUACAUGACCUUUGAACCUCUGAAAAAUUCCUACCAGAUUUUCCAAAUUACUCUCGAAUUUCGGGCUGAAGCGGAAGAUGGUUUGCUUCUGUACUGCGGAGAGAAUGAACAUGGGCGUGGGGACUUCAUGUCCGUGGCAGUCAUCAGACGAAGCGUUCAGUUCAGGUUCAACUGUGGUUCUGGAAUUGCAGUAAUUACAAGCGAGAACAAAGUGAAGCUGGGUAACUGGCACAGUGUGACUGUGUUCAGAGAUGGAGUAGAUGGAUGGCUUAGGCUGGAUAACAGCCGUCCAGUUUCUGGUAAAUCCCAGGGUCAAUACAGCAAAAUUACUUUCCGGACUCCCUUCUAUCUUGGAGGUGCUCCUACCGCCUACUGGCUAGUGAGGUCUGCAGGCAUCAAUCGUGGCUUUCAAGGCUGUGUCCAGGCACUCACCAUCAAUGGGAAGAUCAUGGACAUGCGGCCCUGGCCUCUGGGGAAAGCUCUUAGUGGGGCAGAUGUCGGUGAAUGCAGCAGUGGAAUUUGCGAUGAGGCUUCCUGCAUAAACGGUGGCACUUGCACAGCGAGCAAGGCGGACAGGUACAUCUGCCUGUGCCCGCUUGGAUUUAAAGGGCGCCACUGCGAAGAAGCUUUCAUUCUCAUCAUACCUCAGUUCAACGAGACUUUGAAAUCCUUUGCCACCAUCCCCUGGCCUUUGGAACCACAGAACUACCUUUCCUUCAUGGAGUUUGAGGUCACCUUUCGCCCCGAUUCGGCCGACGGUGCCCUUUUGUACAGCUAUGACACAGGCAGCAAAGACUUCCUGUCCAUUAGCAUGGCAGACGGCUAUGUGGAGUUCAGGUUUGACUGUGGUUCAGGGACUGCUGUAAUCAGGAGUGAAGAACCCAUCAGUUUGAACCAGUGGCAUGAGCUCAAAGUGUCUCGCACUGCAAAAAAUGGCAUAUUGCAGGUUGAUCAGCAGAGACCAGUUGAAGGAAUGGCAGAGGGAGCUUUCACACAGAUUAAGUGCAACCCUGACAUAUUCGUUGGUGGAGUACCAAGUUAUGACAGUGUAAAGAAGAACUCUGGUGUCCUGAAACCUUUCUCUGGAAGUAUUCAAAAGAUUGUUCUGAAUGACCGGACAAUAGAUGUGAGGCAGGAUUUGGCAUCUGGAGUCAACCUGGAGAAUACUGUCCAUUCCUGUGUGAAUUCCCCCUGUGCCAAUGGGGGCACCUGCGUGCCUAAAAAAGAUGGCUAUGAAUGCGAUUGCCCUUUGGGAUUUGAUGGGCAGCACUGCCAAAAAGCUGUUAUGGAAGCCAUCGAAAUACCGCAGUUCAUCGGCCGCAGCUACCUCACCUACGAUAGCCCAGAUAUUCUGAAAAGAGUAGCGGGAUCAAGAACAAAUGUCUUCAUGAGGUUUAAGACUACCCUGUCGGAUGGCCUCUUGCUUUGGAGGGGAGACAGCCCCAUGAGACCAAACAGUGACUUCAUCUCUCUAGGUCUUCAAGAUGGUGCCUUGGUCUUCAGCUAUAAUCUGGGCAGCGGCAUUGCUGCCAUAACGGUGAAUGGUUCCUUCAACGAUGGCAGGUGGCAUAGAGUAAAGGCAGUUCGGGAUGGGCAGUCCGGGAAAGUAACGGUGGACGACUAUGGUGCUAGAACUGGCAAAUCACCAGGAAUGAUGAGACAGUUGAAUAUCAAUGGGGACCUCUUCGUUGGUGGAAUGAAAGAGAUAGCUCUGCAUACAAACAGACAGUAUAUGAGAGGCCUGGUGGGUUGCAUUUCCCACUUCACGCUUUCUACGGAUUACCAUAUUUCACUGGUUGAAGAUGCGGCUGAUGGGAAGAACAUCAACACUUGCGGGGCAAAGUAACAGGUGGGAAAUAUUCAGAGGGAAGAGCCUUCCACCACUGUUCUUGCACACGGAGGACUUGCCUUCUGAGCGAGGCCUGGAAGCAAGAAACAACCUGAAGCAAAAAUCACAGAAGGGGACCAUUUGCCACCCUCCUUUCCUUUGGAUAACAUGCUCUCUCUGUCAUGCCGAAUGCUUCGGGGCAGUGCAGGAGCGCCACCCUUAAAACUGCAAAUAGUUGUAGACUCCCGUGCAGCAGAGCACCUAUGCUGUUGUCUACGGCUGCUCCCCACCCAUUAAUGUGCAUCGUCCGCAGCAGGGCUGGCUUCAAGCCCACUUGCCCUUGUAGUAGCCUCCUCAUGUAAUGAGCAAAAGCUGGGCAGUUUGGGUAGCAACAUGCCCCAUUUUGCUGGCAGUGGAGCUUUUUGCUUUUGUGAAUGGGAACAAGAGCUCCGCUUCAUUGCAGAGAGAGAAAGAUUGGAAGCCUCCAUCUUGGUUCCUGCUGUGCACCCCAAGUCCCUUCCCCGUAGUAAGAACACGGCCUGUGCAGAAUUAGAGGGUGGAAAUGGUAGCAGUGCUUGUUGUGACCACCUCAUCGUUUCAGCCACAGAAUGUCUACUAGCAUCCGUGGCUGGAGAAUAGUAUAGUCUGCUUUCUUGUGCUUUGAAGAACAGAUCCGCCUGCCUCUGAAUAUGCCGUCGCACAACAUGUCGUAUCAACCACUAUUCUAGUCUCAUUAAUAGGCUGGGCCAGGAGAGACAAACAGCAGAUCACAGCAUCAGAUUUGUACUGCUCAUCUUCAGGCUGCAGACAGAAAGGCUUUGUUUGCUUGAAUCCCCAGAAUCUCUGCACCUAGAAAACUAGCAUGGUAAGGAUUAUAGCUUUCCAUCUGCAGGGACUUUUUUAAAAAAACAUAGAAAGAAUGAUCAUUUAUGCAAUAUCCUGCUGAAGUGGUACAAUCCAGGAAGAGUUUUAACCAUGCAAUAUGCUGGUUUUGUACACAAAAGGUUCUUGCAUUACUCUCAUUUUCUCUCUGCCUGGGGAGCAGCAACAGAGCAGGGAAUUCCCUUAGGUCUUUAAGCCUAGUGCCCUGCUACAAAUCUGCUGACAGAGAAGGAAUGGUAUUCGGCAUUGGUGUUGACGCUUACAAGGACUGUGUUGCUGGCCAACAGUGAAGGUUCUGCACCAGUCCAGCUUAACAAGCAAACAAAAAGAAGAGGGGCGGGGAGGAUGUAAUGAGUUACAGACCAUACCCUUGGCUCACGCAGCGUGUCUUUAUAACCUAUGGAUCAGUUCUGAAAUUGUGGUAACUUAUGCAGCCUUAAUGGCACAGCAACUGUAUCAUCCACACCACUUAGUGGCAUAUUUUGAAAGUGCUGUAUUUAUGCAUUCCUUUAUCCUAUUCCAGCCUCAACUCAGUUGCAGGUCCAGUCUACCCAGUGUAAAUACUCACAAGAAGUUAUACUCCUUUCCAGAUUUAUGUUGUUUCCCAAAGAGAAUCCUCCUUACUAUUUUGAAAACUCUACUUUUUUAUUACAAGCAAUUGGGGGGGGACCAACAACCACAUUUUAUAGCAGUAAUUUUGCACCUGUAUUUUUAUAUAGCAGAGGCGGCAGCAGUGAUUGGCUAGUUUUGUAAAAGGAUUAGGUGUCUCACACAGUGUUUAGCAUGCUGCAGAUAGUUUCCCAAAAGGAAUAAGGAGUGCUAAGAUUCUUAGGUUUGGGGUGGGCAAGGAUGUUUUUGCUUGUGCUUAUUCUACAGUUUUAGUGGGAAAUAUUUGUGAAAUGUAACUGGUUUUACAAUCAUCUUCUUUGUUUUUGUAAAUUUAGACUGCUGAAAAUGUACAUUAAUGAAGCUUUUCUGGCUUGAAGUAUUGAAAAGAUGUUAAAAGUUCUGUUCUACUAUGAUAUUUUGCCAUCAAGUAUC